UUGGCUCGCACCGAAAUCGGUAUGAUGGCUAGUUUGGAUCACGCCAUGUGGUUCCACGCUCCUUUCCGAGCUGAUGAAUGGCUCUUGUACGAUAUGGACUCUCCUCGUGCUAGCUCUGGCCGUGGUCUGUGCUUUGGCCGUAUCUUCCGACGAGAUGGAACUCUAGUUGCGACCACAGCACAGGAAGGUAUCAUUCGAUUGAGCCUUCGUGAGCAAGAAAAGCGACGCCAAAAGGCGAAGAAGGAGAGCAAGAUCUGAGAUGACUUAUACCAUGUCAAACCGAGUUUUUUUGAUUUUAGUUUUCUUCAUUCUUACCACUUUCUAUCUUUCACAUUUUAUACUUUUCCCAAUUAAUCAUUGUAGCAUACAGGACAUAGAUUUUUAUAUGUUUUUUUUUCUAAUUAUUUUUGGUCAUUAAAUCUUAUUUGAUUACAGACCAACGAUACACUGCUGUCAAC